AUGAAAGUGGUUCUCAAUGAUGAUCAAUAUUUAUUAACUAUUUCCGAACAAAGAGAAAGAGUAGAUGAUAUUUUAGAGCUAUGGGAUAGAGAAGCAGGUUUGGAACAAUAUCCAGCUUUAAAGGGAUUCUUAAGACAAAGACUGGGUGCACUUUUGGAUUCACAAGUAAUUCCAUUCACUCCAGAGAAAAGUAAUUUCGAUCCGCUCAAUGACAUUCGUGGUGGAAGAGGUAAGUUAGAAGAAUUGUUUGGUGCAUCACCACAAAUCUAUGAUACCGGUUCCAAUUUCGGUCGUAAUGGAGGAUACGUUCCUCCACAAGUCUACGAUACUGCUGCCAGCUUUGGUGUACAACAAACAUCACAGUAUCCAUCAAGCGGACGUAAUGGAGGAUACGUUCCACCACAAGUCUACGAUACCGCCGCCAGCUUUGGUGUACAACAAACAUCACAGUAUCCAUCAAGUGGACUUAUUCCACCACAAGUCUACGAUACCGCUGCUAGUUUCGGUCAAACUCCACAAUCUGGUCCAAAUUCAAUCGGUGGUCAAUCUGGAUCCGGUGUUGCUUCCGGACCCUAUGGAUCCUACGGUCAAUCCGGACAAUAUUACGGUGGUACCAACCCAGCCAACUAUCUCGCUGGUCUUCCAUUCAUCCAACCAUUCCAAAACACAAUUGCCAACAAUGGUAAUGGUGGACUCCUCGGUGGUAGUUUCCUAACUGGUGCCAAUGGUCGUCAAUCUCUAUUUAACGUUUUAUCUUGGGUGUUUGGCAAUGGUCCAUGGGUUGGUCCACAAACUUAUGGUGGAACUAUCCAAGGUCCAGUCGUUUCGGCCAUUCCAACCUCUGUUCCAACUGGAUUCAGUUCAUCCACCAAUGCCGGCACCGGUAUCUCAUCCCAACCAUACCCAAUCGUACCAAGCAAAAUUGAAGAAGUUUUAAGACAAUUACAAUUGGAACAUUAUCAAAGACAACAAGUACAACAACAACAACAACAACAACAAUAA